AAUUUUUAUUUCUGUUUUAGUCAUUUUAGUCAACUUCAGUUUAUUUAUUUCAAAGCAAUAUUUAAAUGUUUGGUAGAUUUUUCAUCUAGAAUCUUAUUAUUUCAGCUUUAUUUCAAUAACAGAAAAAUAGUUUUAAUAGUUAAGUAGUUUAAAAAUAACUUAAGUUUCUAAAUCACUUCUUUCUGUCACAGAUUCUUAACUUAUUAUGAACGUGGAACAUUCCUUCAAAGGUUGAAUCCCAAGUUGCAUAGUUCUGCUACACUAUAAAAGUGUUUACUUCACUGGCGAUGAGGAAGGUACAUACUUUUGAUGUACUUUUCUAUGCAGUAUGUAGUAAGACACCACAAGUAGAAAAGUGUGUUAUUACCUCAGUCACCCAUAUCGUCGCAUUGCUACAUAAUUCAUUCAUCUAGCUGAAUUCAUUACAUUAUUACUUUUUGUUUUAUAUUGACGUUCUGUUUUGGCAUCACAUUCCCUGCCAACUUGAAAACUCUUCUGUAACACAAGGAUUUGUGGGUAAUUUUAGCCACAAGCAUAUGUUAUUCCACUGGAUAUAAUUUAGGAACCUUUGCAAAAUACUGGAAUUUGGAACGCACGCAUGCUAAUUAUUUAGUAUGCGUAGUAUGCAAAUUGGGACACAGCCUUGGUUUGGGACGUACUGAUGUGACAGCAGCUUAAGGGCAGCUUCUGCCGAGCGUGAGCACGCCUGUGUGUCCUGCAUGCGUGUGUGUGAUCGACACAGGCUGGCAAGGGUGCAGACGACUGCAGCUGCGCUAACAUCAGCUGACUGUGUGAGAUGCAGAUGAGUAAAAGUGACCAGACGUGGUGUUACAUCCCUAUAGACACAUCCUGGGUCUCUGGCAGCCUGAUAUCGGGCCCUAUGGAGGACUGCUGAACGUGGUGGUUGACGGGCUGUUCAUCAUAGGCUGGAUGUAUUUACCGCCCCAUGAUCCCCGUGUGGAGGACCCUAUGCGUAGACGGCCGCUCUUCCGCAUUCACAUGUGGGAGAAAAACAAAGCCAUGGUAGAAUGCAUGUACGGACACAAGGGCCCUCAUAAAGGAGAUAUUCAGACUGUGAAGAAAGAUGAAUUUUCCACCAAAUGCAACCAGACCGAUCACCAUCGAAUGCCUGGAGGAAGGCAAGAGGAGUUCAGAACGUGGUUGGAGGAGGAAUGGGGAAGAACACUGGAGGAUAUUUUCCACGAGCACAUGCAGGAGUUGAUCCUCAUGAAGUUCAUUUACACCAGCCAAUACGAUAAUUGCCUGACGUACCGGCGGAUUUAUCUGCCCCCGUGCCUCCCUUCAGACCUGCUGAAGCCGGGCCUCUUCAAAGGGACAUACGGCAGUCACGGCCUGGAGAUCAUCAUGCUGAGCUUCCACGGCUCCAAGGCCAAAGCCACCAAGCUUACCGGUGACCCCAAUGUCCCAGCAGGUCAGCUGACGUUAGAAGUCGACCUGAAUCGUCCGGUGCGUCUGCCGGACCUGGAGCACCAGCGGAACAUGGAAGAGCUCUCUCGCCUGGUGCUGGGGGUGCACGAGGAGGCCCAGAGGGAUCUACAGGCCCGGGACGCCCCGUCAGAGACUGCGGAGGGGGCGGAGGGCUCAGAUUCGGCUUGCCCUGCUGGAGUGGAGGAUGUGGAGCCGGGAGCUGCUGCCUGCAGCGCUGCACCUGAUGUGCAGCCGUUUGUGUUGCCUCUGGGAGUCAUGGCCCGUAAUGAAGUGUAUCCUCGCACCUGCAAGACGUGUUUUUAUGGAACAGGCCUGAUCGCCGGCCACGGCUUCACGAGUCCGGAGCGCACGCCGGGUCUGUUCGUGCUGUUCGAUGACGACCGCUUUGGCUUCAUUUGGCUGGAGCUGAAGUCCUUCAGUCUGUACAGUCGGCUGACCGACCAGCUGUCCCACGCUCAGGCCCCCAGCAUGGAGCGCUUCGAGGCCAUGCUCCGCAACAUGCAGUCAUGGACAUCCUGAUAGCAAACCUCACACCACCUUUUCUCAUCAGGCACAUCCUCUGGUAUUACGCUCUGCACCGUCAGGGACCUCCCUGCUGACACACACUCACUCACACACACACAUAUGCACUCCUGCUCGCAUCCGCACAGGUGUAUUUAAGCCACAUGCCCGUACAGUUGUAUUAUAUUAGGCCUUUCUUAUCAGCUUUUUAAUUAAUUUAUUUUUGUAACCUGGAAAUGGCGAUGAAGACGACAACAAUGUGAAAAUUCGCCCGUAUAUUCAGCUGAGCGUGCCUCUGAUCUUCAGAUUCUGAAUCCUGUGGUUUUGUGCUUUAGAAAUGAUCUUAGAAGUGUUUGUCCUCAAUGUGGCAACAUCUGCGGUUGCUUUUAAAUUAUUUUAUUCAGUUUAUUUCUUUAUUUGUAAAAAGUCCACACCGUAUUUGGAAAUGCUUCCAUUUUUUUCCGUCAGUGCUCACUGAAAAGAAAUGACUUCCAGCUGCUUUGUCGCUGCAAAUGUUGUCAAUUUCAUCACUCCAUAAUGCAUCCAUUAAUAUGUACACUAAAAAAGCCAAAUUUUCUUAUCUAAAGGAAUAGUUCACCCAAAUAUUUGCUCAAAAUAUACUCACCCUCAGGCCGUUCAACAUGUAGAUAUGUUGGUUGCUUCAUCAGAUACAGAGAAAUUUAGCAUUACAUCGCUUGCUCACCAGUGGAUCCUCUGCAGUGAAUGGGUGCCGUCAGAAUGAGUCCAAACAGCACAUGGUUUAAAGUUAAAUCAUCUUAAUGAUGGAUUUGUUUCUUGAAAACAUGCAGGUUUUCACUUCACAAGACAUUAAUUGAUGGACUGGAGUGGUGUGGAUUAUUGUGAUGUUUUUAUCAACUGUUUUGAACCCUCAUUCUGACGGCACCCAUUCACAUUCACAGGAAGUGAUGUAAUGCAAAAUUUCUCCAAAUCUGUUCUGAUGACGAAACAAACUCAUAUACAUCUCGAAUGGCCUGAGGGUGAGUCAAUUUUGAGCAAAUUAAAAUUUUUGGCUCAACUUUUUCUUUAAUUUCUAUCUAUCAUACUGUUCAAUUUCCAAGCGAAUUGGUUGGCCACCAAAUUUUACGACCACGACGUCUGUCUCAUUUUCACAUGAUAGUGAUUCUGUUCCUCUAGCUGUGCAGCUCUCUUCCAAGUGCUCUUCCCUACGCAGCGUAGACAUUUAUCGGAGGCAGAAUUACUCCGGCUAUACUUUUGUAUUUGACUGCAGCAUUACUAGCAUUUGAAAAUGGAAAAAAAAAAAAAUAAUGGAAAAAAAUAAAGUCAGUAUAAUGUAAAAUGAAUAUAUAUGUAAAUGCAUUGAAUAUAUUUAAACAUUUAUCAGUAUAUUUCAGCUUUGUUUUAGGGAUGAUUGUAUAUAUGAUUGAACUAAUUUAAGUAUAUCGCCUGUGUUUACAACCUCUGAGUUGAGUGAUAAUUGUUUUAAAUGUAAUAUUCUCAUAGAAUUGGCCGUUUACGUGGACUGAUAUACUACAACUAUUGAUUUUAUUCCAAAUAAGAUACAAUUUCAGCUGUUUGUAUUGGCUCAUAACUAUUUGAAUCAUAUUUCAAAGCAUUUGUGCUGUUAAUAACUCAAAGUCUACCCUAUUGACUUCAGUUUCUCACUUCUCAAUGGAUAAAAUCAAGUUUUGCCCCCUUUGUCGUCAUCAGGAUUCACAUAUGAUUUUAGGUCGACUUCAAAUUAAGUUUCUCUCCCAUUAUUUAUCUAUAAUGAUAAUUUAGCAAAGCUCUGUGCCUAAAACUGUUAUUUAUACAUUUGUGUUGUACAUUUGUAAUUUCCUUAUUUUUAAUUUUGUAAUUAUACUGAAAGUAAAACACGAGUUGUCAGUAAGUGUGAUGUUUGUGCAGCAAAACGGCUCCGUUAGUGAGUCAAGCAUCCAGUACAGGUGUUUAUAUUUGAUGUUAAUCUGCUGUUUGAAAAUUAAAAAAAAAAAAAAAAUCUGAAUAUUGUCAAUAGUUGAAUUAUUGUCAUCCAUGUAAAUCUGCCAGUUAGAAAAUCUCAAAGCGCAAAUUCAUGACUAGUAUGCACACGUUGCAUUCAAAUUCAGGGAGGUUUGCAGCUUUAGCCUUCGUUUGUUCUCAAUAAAAUGGAGGAAAAACUUGAA